UCCGAGUGCCACCGAGCUUAGCCGAGCGGCCGGGAGUCAGUUGGUGCAGCUCGUCCUCGCCGCAGAAGCAGCCCGUGGCUCUGGCGUCGCCGCCACCUCCACCGCCGCCGCCGCCUCCGCAGGGCCUGUGCGGGCCGCUCGCCCACCGUGGAGGGAGGGAGGCCCGCAGCGUGGGGAGAGCAGCCGGGCCACGGGUGCUGCCGCAGUCGCCGCCGCCAGGCCUGAAUUGCAACUAGAGAGGCAACAAGUGACUCCUUAAAGAUGCCACAGGGCUGCAGAAGGGGACCUUGAAGAGGUUGAUGAAGUGAGAAGAAUGUUUCUCCAAACGACAAGAAGCUUAAUAAGGAAAAGUGGCUUUCUGCGAAUAACUGAUAAAACUGUCCUUAGAAGUGCCUCCCGGGCCCUCAUGGAAUAGCUGGGAUUUGUACUGCAAGGCUUUCUUGCCUGCUGCUUACCUGAAGUGAUUGUCACCAUGGCCAGCAAGAGGAAGUCCACUACCCCAUGCAUGAUCCCGGUUAAGACCGUGGUGCUGCCGGGUGCCAGCACAGAGGCUCAGCCUGUGGAACCUCUACCUGAAGGUCCCCAGCAGGACCUUCCCUCAGAGGCCCCUGAAGCCAGCAGUGAGGCAGCCCCAAACCCCAGCAGCACUGAUGGCUCUGCCCUGGCAAAUGGGCACCGGAGCACUUUGGAUGGCUAUGUAUAUUCCUGUAAGGAGUGUGACUUCAGGUCCCAGGAUGUGACCCACUUUGUAGGACACAUGACCUCAGAACACACGGACUUUAAUAAAGACCCACAUUUUGUAUGUACAGGGUGCAGUUUCCUGGCAAAAACCCCUGAAGGGCUGUCCCUGCAUAAUGCCAAGUGUCACUCAGGGGAAGCCAGCUUUCUGUGGAAUGUGACCAAGCCAGACAAUCAUGUGGUGGUGGAGCAGAGUGUCCCUGAGAAUGCUAGCUCAUCUGUCCUAGCAGGUGAGUCUACUGAAGGGACUGAAAUCAUCAUUACCAAGACUCCAAUCAUGAAGAUAAUGAAAGGCAAAGCUGAAGCCAAGAAAAUCCAUAUGCUUAAAGAGAACGCUCCUACUCAGCCUGGCGGGGAGGCCUUGCCUAAGCCAUUGGCCGGGGAGACAGAGGGUAAAGAGGGGGACCACACUUUCAUCAAUGGGGCCGCUCCAGUCAGUCAGGCAUCUGCUAAUUCCACAAAACCCCCUCAUACUGCCAAUGGGCCCCUGAUAGGAACAGUGCCCGUAUUGCCAGCUGGCAUAGCACAGUUCCUCUCCCUCCAGCAGCCCACAGUACAUCCCCAGCACCAUCCCCACCAACCCCUGCCCACAUCCAAGGCCCUUCCAAAAGUCAUGAUCCCCCUGAGCAGCAUCCCGACAUACAAUGCAGCCAUGGACUCCAACAGUUUUCUGAAGAACUCCUUCCACAAAUUCCCCUACCCAACCAAAGCUGAGCUCUGCUACUUGACUGUGGUGACCAAAUAUCCAGAAGAACAGCUUAAAAUCUGGUUCACAGCCCAGAGACUGAAGCAGGGAAUCAGCUGGUCUCCUGAGGAGAUCGAAGAUGCCAGGAAAAAGAUGUUCAAUACAGUCAUCCAGUCUGUGCCUCAGCCCACAAUCACAGUUCUAAACACACCACUUGUUGCCAGUGCUGGCAAUGUCCAGCACCUCAUCCAGGCUGCUCUCCCAGGUCAUGCUGUGGGACAGCCUGAGGGCACAGCAGGGGGCCUGUUGGUCACUCAACCAUUGAUGGCCAAUGGGCUGCAAGCAUCAAGCUCGUCUCUCCCCCUGACAACUGCAUCUGUUCCCAAGCCAACUGUGGCACCCAUUAACACUGUGUGUUCAAAUACAACGUCCGCUGUGAAGGUCGUCAAUGCAGCCCAGUCACUCCUCACAGCGUGCCCCAGCAUAACUUCCCAAGCUUUCCUUGAUGCAAACAUCUACAAAAAUAAGAAGUCUCAUGAACAGCUGUCAGCUCUGAAAGGAAGCUUCUGCCGGAACCAGUUUCCCGGGCAGAGUGAAGUAGAGCACCUGACCAAAGUCACAGGCCUCAGCACCAGAGAGGUCCGGAAGUGGUUCAGUGACCGGAGAUAUCACUGCCGGAACCUGAAGGGCACCAGGGCCAUGGUGCCUGGAGAGCAUGGCUCUGUUCUCAUUGACUCUGUGCCAGAGGUGCCCUUUCCCCUGCCGUCUAAAGUUCCAGAGGUGACCUGUGUCCCAACAGCAACCUCACUAGUGAGUCACCCUGCCACCAAACGACAAUCUUGGCACCAGACCCCAGACUUCACGCCAACCAAAUACAAAGAGAGAGCCCCAGAGCAGCUGCGAGUGCUGGAGAGCAGCUUUGCACAAAACCCACUUCCCCCCGAGGAGGAGCUGGACCGCCUAAGAAGUGAAACAAAAAUGACCCGAAGGGAAAUUGAUGGCUGGUUCUCAGAGAGGCGGAAAAGGGGGAAUGCGGAGGAGACAAAGAAGGCUGAUGGGCAUGCGCCUCAGGAGGAGGCAGAGGGUGCUGAGGAGGAGGGUAGAGAUGAAGAGCUGGCCAGUGAGCUGAGGGCUCCUGGUGAGAAUGGCUCUUCGGAAAUGUUUUUUAGCCAUACCUUGGCAGAACGGAAGGUUAGCCCCAUCAAAAUCAACCUCAAGAACCUGCGGGUCACGGAAGCCAGUGGCAAGAGUGAGCUUCCGGGGAUGGGGAUGGGCGUCUGUGAGCCUGAGGAUGAUGGCUUGAACAAGGCGGUAGAGCAGCCGCCGAGCAGAGUAAGCUACAAGAAGACUGCACAGCAGCGCCACUUGCUGCGGCAGCUCUUUGUCCAGACACAGUGGCCCAGCAACCAGGACUACGACUCCAUCAUGGCCCAGACAGGGCUGCCCCGGCCGGAGGUGGUUCGCUGGUUUGGUGAUAGCAGGUAUGCCCUUAAGAACGGCCAGCUCAAGUGGUACGAAGACUAUAAGAGGGGCAACUUCCCGCCAGGUUUGCUGGUCAUAGCCCCUGGCAACCGAGAGCUGCUGCAAGAUUAUUACACGACACACAAGAUGCUGUGUGAGGAGGACCUGCAGACCCUCUGCGAGAAGACCCAGAUGAGUGCCCAGCAGGUCAAGCAGUGGUUUGCUGAGAAAAUGGGUGAAGAGACCCGAGCUGUGGCAGAUACAAGCAGUGAGGACCAGGGCCCUGGACACGGAGAGUCCGUGGCAGUUGACAAGGUGCUGGGCGAUGCCUGUGCAGCGCUGCCUGAGAACAGUGAAGCAUGGGAGCCAAGUGCUCCUGAGGCCAGCUCAGAGCCCUUUGACACUUCAAGUCCCCAGUCCGGACGUCAGCUCGAAACAGACUGAAUUUGAUCUGAUUACUGUGAAGGACCGGCCAGUCUGGGAUGCUGUCUGCCAUGUGGACAAACCUGCCACACAUCAUCUUGAUGGCCAGCUGCCAGGCACCAGGAGAGCCUCUGGAGCCUCGCUGAGCCCAGAACCUGCCGCCACCCCAACCACCCUCUGCCUGACACUUCUAAGCAAGUAGCUAUGGUUUCUCAUCAGCCUAUCCUCCCACAGUGCGGGACCUUUCCUUGGCCUCCCAAGGACAAACCGUUCAGAUUACAUAUACCUAGACUCAGAAUCACAUUGUUAGCAUACACAGUUAAUAAAGCAUCCUACCACAGACAUUCUCAAUACAUAGGAACUCGGGCUACCAAAGCAGUACAGCUCUGACAAUGCCAUGUCUGUUCUCUGGGAAGCUGAGGCCACAGGGACCCUCAUCCUCUGCGCAGUGGGAGUCGCAGGCAUGCUCAGAACUGCAUCAGGCCUGACCCUACUUGUCUUCUCAAGGGAACAGACUGUUGGAAGAGAUCUCUGCGUCACUGAGUGGAGGCAAGCCACACUUUGUGCCAGGCUUGUCUUGUGUUCUGAUUGACACAGAACCCACCGUUACCCUAGGUUCUGAACACAGCCAAGCUGUGGCUUCACCAUUGGAUGCUAACCUCUCUCUAGUUAACUGUAACUCUGCUUUUUAUGGAGUUUGAAUCAUGGACCAACUUCUCCAUUAUCAGAUCAACUAAAGAAACCAUUGUAAAGCCCAAUCUACUGGCCUGUAUGCUCCCUUCAAGUCAAACUCCGUUAGAACAAAAGGAAAGCGGUCAAAGUAGAGCCAGCUACUGUGGUUUUGGCCACCACAGUGCUCAAUGCCUCCUGCAGGUCAGAAGGAAGUACAUGGUGGCUGGUAGGAAGAAUGAGGCUGAAGGGCUUCGGAGAGUUGAAGUGACUAGAGCUCUCAGUGGUCUUGAGCACAAAGGCCUGCAGGUGACAGUUUUGGCAAAAUGCCUUUGUCACACGCCAAGGGCCUGGCCAGCUACUGGUUUCAUGAUCCAGAGGUGCUGGGCAUCCCUGGACAGAUCCCCAUGAGGACAUUUUUAAAGUUCCACAUGUAUAUUCCCAGCCUGAGAAACAAGUACUCUAUCUACUUUUGCCUAAGCCUCGUGUCUUUUUAAUUAAAAUCACAAGAAAUGGUGCCUUUGAAACAAUGGAAAACUUGCUUAGGGAGCUGUACUAAACCUUAAAGCCCCAGGCUCUCCUAGACUGGCUUCUCUGAGAGCAGUAGGCAAAGCAGGGCAGGGGAAGGAAAGGACAAACAGGCUAUGUCACCCAUGGCCCCACUUACCUUUUGGAGACUCCAUUAGGAGGAUGAGAGCUUUGACUAAGAAGGCAGUGGUCAACUUCUAGGUGUUCUCCCUCCCCCUCCCAGGGGAGGGGAAUAGUUUAAGGAUGAUGGAGGCCUUCAGCCUUUUAGGAAAGAGGGCUUUCUUUGUAACCCAGGGUCCUGGAACUAUUAUGUUUCUCCUGCUCUUCCUGUCCCCAUAGGGAUGGUCUCACAUUUGUCUUAGAUUGAGGUGUUUUGUUUUGUUUUGUUUUUGACUACUUGGCAAGUUUUGCAGCCUAUUUUUGUAUCCUUUCUGUUUGGGGAGGGAAGCUAUUUGACCCCAAACCUUGAGGAGUUGGAAAGAAUGAAUGGUGAGUGAUUGUUUUCCUUCAGAGAACAGAUGCCUGAAAGUUUUCCUUUAGUGUUUGUGUAUGUGAAGAUUUAUAUACCAUAUAUGCAGGAUACAUACUUAUUUGAUACUUUAUUCAUAAAACUAUACUUCUUAUGUACUCUUGAGCUUCAUGUGGAUGCCCUAGGGGGAGUAGUCUGUGUGUGAGGAGAGGACAGUCACUUGUCAGCGGGAGCCGCAGAGGAAGCCAUCUCCUAAGAAAGCAUUUGUAUGUCACUUGAGUGGAGGUGUGCCUGCUGGGCCUCACCUCCAGAGCCCUGCUGCACUGGCCGAAUGGUAGACUCAUAACAAUGUCUGAACAAUUUACAUGGAACAGAAACAUUAAGUUACUUGGGGGACAUUAUGCAGGACACAGGGAGCCUAGUCUCAGGCACUAGUCAGUCUUCUGGAUGGGAAGUUGCAGUAACACUGGCCCCACCACAUCUUUCUCAGAGCUGGUAAUGGCAAGAUUGUCCAGGUAAGGAGUGCAUUAGACUAAAUGCACCUUGCUUCCUUUGCUCUUGGAUGGGUAAGGGAAACCAUGACUUGGCCCUUGUUUGACAGGUAAUGGUGAGGGAGGCAGUCACGGAGUAGGCACUUCAGGGAAGGGCUUUGGAUACCAAGCAUGAGUGCACGGAUAGAGGAGUUGGGGUGACAUCACAGUGGCCUUGUACAGUUGGAAGCUCAAGUUGUUCUGUGUCUUCAGUAGAAGUCUGGUUGCUGAAUGAGGUGGAAUGUGCUACUCCUCGAAAGGUGUGCUUCGUGAGGGGUGAGCCUUGCCCAUCCUCUGCACUCACUUGGAUUUACCAGAGGCAGUACAUUCUAAGUGUUCUUUGUUGCUGGUCUUAUGUUAAUUUUUUUCUACUCACAUAUGUUUGUCAGUUCAGUUAUAAACCAGAACCAAUUCUAACAGAAACCUAAACUUAUACGUAAGCUUUGCAUAUUACUUGUAAUUUUUUGAUCAGAGAUUUUUCUUUUGGGAGGUGGGUGUGUUAGUUUUGGGAUUCCUUUCCCUAGAUGACUUUGAGGUCUAUUAGUGACUGUCCUUGCACUUUUCUCUUGGCUGAGUGACGGUGGCUUACAGGUGAACAAAGUACCUUAGCCCAAGGGCACCCUUCCCUCUUUAAGAACAAGGAGAGUUGGGUGGGAGCUGGUAGGCAGCUACCUGUAUCCUCCACGCUGUCCCCAGCCAGCCUUGGGUAUGUGCUACCAGAAAGCACUCUCCAGACCCAGAUGGCUCUCAGAUUUUACUUGUUCUGUCAGUAGCUAUGUCACACCUGUGUCCCCUCCUCCCUGCUGGCCCUAGGACAUCUGUAACACAGCAGCCACCUUGUGUGGAGGACAGGGGUGGGGGAGCAACCUUUCUGAUUGGAGACUGAUGUUGUCCUCCAGGUGAGUGUUGAGCUGUCCCUGUCUUGAGCCAUUGCCUUUUGUCUUCCUAGUCUCCACAGGGACCAAAAUCCUCAGAUUGGAGCAGCUCAGUCAGUUCCACUGUCACAGCCCACAUGUAUAAAGGAACUUUCUGGAAAACCAGCCAAGAAUAUCCUAAAACAAAACUUAGAAUUUGUGUUUUCCCUAAAGCCACUUUGCAGGUGAACUUAUAUCACAUUCAUUUGCAAGGCUCAGUUUUCUGCAGGAGUCUUCUAGAUACACAAAGGUCUUUGGUCAACUCAUCCUGGCCAAAUUUUGGCAUGCUACCUGGUUUUUCUUAUACCAGCCUUCUCUUUGGAUCCCUGAUUUAGCUUCCUCUUCUCCCUUAAGAGCACACUGUUCACCACUAUCCUGCCCAGCCCUUUAUGAGGUGAUUUCCAUGUUUUAUAUAGCACCGAAGCCCACAGGCCUUUCUAAGCCCAUGUCUUCCUGAGACUUCAACCUGAAUUUCCACACUGCAGUUCCUUCUGCCUUACAGUGGAGCAGGAAAGUUACAAAUUCCUAUAUAUACUGCAGGCUCAUAAGGCUGUUGAGCGGUCUUCAGUGGAAUGCCUGGGUUUAGUUCUGAUCGAGUAAUGACAGAGCUGAUACAGUACUGCCUGCUGCUGACAUUGCUACUUACUGGCUUACUAGCUAGAAAUCUAGAAGGAAUUGAGUCCUCAGAGUCUAUUUCUGCCGGAGUCUCUGUUCCCUAGUGGCCAGGCUGGCAUCUAGGUAGUGGCAAGCCCAAAUGUACUCAAGAGUCCGGAACCUGUACUUAGUUGUGGAGUAAAAGCAGUUCAGAGGGUGAGUGGUCCUAGGACUGAGCCUGCUUUGUGGGGCUUCCUGAGUGUUUGUCAACACUAGCCAGCAGUCCUAGGAACCUGGACCUCCAGACUGGAAAACCAAGACAGGUUUUUCUAGUCUAGGGCCUAGCAGGAACAUCUCUUCCCAACUCCCUAAAGUUUGGAGCAGGGAUGUAAAUCCAGAGUACACGUGGGCUGGCUUCUACAGACUUAGGCAGACUGGUUGCUACAAGAAGAGGUAGGCACCCGCUUCCUCGGCCUUCGGUUUCUGAAGGAACUGACCAGAUUCAGUGUAGUCACUACUCUGUCGUCUCUGUCCUCCUCGAGACAGACCUUGCUGCUACUCUGGCAGGAACCAGGCAGAACAGAGGGAGAAUAGCUAUUUGGCAGGGACUGUUUCCUACAUGGUGUCUUCCUGCUGUUUACAAGGGUGGGCAGAUGGCAAGUCAGGACACCUGAGAGGGGCCUGCACAUUUACCUGCCUGUUUUGUCAAGAGGCUGGCAGGAUGUGCCCAUACAUGGGUGCCUGCAUGGUAGUAGCUUUUUUUUGAUCUAUGCCUUUUGACGUGUUCCCUUCCAUGGAAAGUAGGUGAUUCAGUUGAAGGUGAAAUGCCUAGGAUUAAGCCUGCUCAGACACUGACUAUAAAAAGAGCUGCAGUGCUGUUCUUCUCAACAAGUCCCAGAAGAGUCCAGGAGGCAUAAGUCUCUUACGUGGUCCCAGUUAACAUGCAGUUUGUGCUUAAGAGAGAUCUUGUUCCUAGCCCCUGUCCACACAGCUUGGUCCCGUUCUUGUAGCCCCAUGUGAGAAGGUUGGCUGCAGUGAGAAUUAACAGCCAUUCCUCAGCAGGGUUCCAGCAUGAGUUAGGUCGCUCUGUGAAAUCGGGUGGGCCAAUGGUCACUCAGGGCACGGGUCUCUCAUGGUUCUGAGUAGCUGGCUUUGUUUAGCUCUGCCAGGAAGGUCAGGCUGUGUCAUAAUUGUUAUUAAACAGAGAAAACAGCCGAGCGCUUGGCCCCCGUGGACUAUUGUUCUUUGAGUUGUCCUGACAUAGCCUUGGGGAAUUGGGGAGGCAGCCAAGGGCCUGCAGUGUCCUUGCUUCUCGGUUCCUGGUCCCCAGCACCUGCUCUGUGUUCUGAUCUCAGUGUGGAUGGCUUGGCUUUGUUUUCAGGGGGCCUGACUGCUGAGAAGUGUGACUGGGGGUGAUUUGAACAGUCUGCCUUUGGUGUGCUUCCUGUCUCCCAGAAACAGCUGAAGCGACUGUCCUGGUGCUAAGUGAGGGUUACCUGCUACUGCGGCCAGCUGUGAAGGCAAACUAAGAAACAGCAUAUUCUGUCACAUGGACUUUGUAGAGAGGGUAUUUCCUGUGUGGCCCUGGCUGGCCUCCCACCUGAAUGGUCUGCUUACUGUAGACCAAGCUGGCCUCAGACUUGGGUGCUCUCCCUGCCUCUACCUCCCAAGCACUGAGUUACAGGCAUGGACCACACCUGCUGGAGUGUAAGAAUCAUUCACCCUGGCAAACAUUUGAACAGAAAGAUGGCCUUUGCUUUUGGUGUGGGCUGUGUGUGUUGUGAGAGGUGCGAGGAUGACCUCCAGGCUGAGUCUCCGGGCCUCCUAAGGUCCCCCAUGGGGAUGCUGCUAUUUCCAAGAUGCAAAUUGCACAUUUCGUAGAUUUUUGUAUCUGCAAAUUUGGAUAAGGGAUGGGAUGAGGGACAAAACUGCUUGUGUAGUUUGAAUGGGCCUCAGUGGUACUUCCAAUCUUUUAACUGUUCCUAAAUAAAAAUGUAGACACUUA